AUGUCUAUACGGUCAGCUACGCCGCCUUCGAAAGCAGCGCCAGCAGCGGCAUCGGGAGUAGUCGAAGCAGGAGAGACUCGCAAUGCCGACACGAAACCAUACAAGAACGGAAGCACAGCGACGAAUCAGAAUCUGAACGGAGUGCAUCAUUCGCAUCUGCCGCUGCAGUUUCAUCGCGUGCCAGACAACUUUGGCUCACUAGCUUCUUGCGCGCAUCUAGACCAAGUGUUGGAGUCGCGAGCCAAGGAUACAGUCUUGGGCACGUAUAGACAAGCGGUGCUCGUAUCUCAGCCCAUCAGCGACACAACGACGUAUCGCACGAAAGAUGGAGCGACUGUGGAUUGGGAAAAACUCGCCCUGAAGAAACGGCUGAGCCUAAGAUGCUCCGAGUGCCAUCUACCGAACUUCUACCACCUCAUGAUUUGUCUACAGUGCCCCAACGUCAGUUGUCAUGAACACUCGAUUCGGCACUACAAGAGCUCGCUGCACAUGUUUGCCAUUGAUCUGGCGGUGGGGUUGUUGUACUGCUUCAAGUGCGAAAAUUACGUAAACCACUCGUUGUUGGAGCUUUUGAGAUGCCAAGUGCAAGGUACAAGACCACACAUUUCCCAAAUGGAAAACUACGACAACCCAAAUAAACUCUCGAUGCUCGGACUAAAAGGGUUCAUCAAUUUGGGAUCCACUUGUUUCAUGAGCUCGAUACUUCAAACGUUUAUACAUAACCCCAUUGUCAGGUGCCAGUUUAUCAAUAAUGACCUCCACUAUUUCAACUGCAAGUACCUUUACAACCAAGAGGUAACCGGCACUUUAAACGAAGACAAUGCUUGCAUCACAUGCAGCAUAGAUGGCAUCUUUAAGGAUUUUUUCACGGCGCAAGACAUCAAGGGCUAUGGCAUGACAAACUUGUUAUCCACCGCGUGGUAUAAGCAGAAAUCUCUUGCCGGUUUCCAAGAACAAGACGCGCAUGAGUUUUGGCUAUUUCUAUUGAACGAGUUUCAUCUGGACCACAUCAGAGUCAUAAAAGAAGAAGCAGAAGGAGGAGAAGAAGAAGAAGAACACCCAUGUACCUGUGUUGGCCACGCGUGUUUCAGCUUUGAGUUGCAAAGUUGCGUUCGAUGCCAAUGUGGAGCCGAAAACAUCACAGUUGACCCUCCCACGUUUGAGCUCUCGUUGGAGUUGUCUCUGAGUCUCAUUAAAAAGGACCAGGAGGGCACCAUCAACUUGGUCACUUGUCUCGACUCGUUCACGCGUGAAGAAGAGCUCGAGUCGAAGAUAUCCUGUAAAAACUGCUUGAAACAAUCGGGCGCGUCAAAGACCUUGAAGUUGAAGUCGACUCCUCCUGUGUUGUCCAUCCAAUUGAAACGGUUCAACCAUAACAUUCUGAACGACACCUCUUCAAAAGUCGAAAUACCAGUGCAGGUGCCGCCCUUUUUGGACCUUGCUAAAUACACGGUCAAUGACGCGGACGAGAUGAAGAUCUAUGAGUUGUUUUCAGUGGUGUGCCACAUUGGGCUGGUGAGCACGGGCCAUUAUGUUGUGUAUGCCAAAGGUGGGCAGGGCCAAUGGUUUAAAUUCGACGACAGUGUAAUCACUAUUGAAAAAGAAAACACGGUGAUGGAGGCAGCUAAAACUAAUGGCUAUUUACUUUAUUACAUAUUGCAUGAUACAUAA